CUUCCUUGUGUGCAACCUCCAAGAUACAUGCGUGCUCAGAUAACAAGCGUCAACAUGACAAACUCGGUGGAUUUUCGUCAGUAUGGUAGAGAGAUGGUGGACUAUAUCGCGGAUUAUCUGGACAACAUUGCCGAUCGCCCACCAUUGUCUCAAGUUGAGCCAGGGUAUCUGCGGAAGAUGAUACCUGACGAAGCCCCUAUUUAUCCUGAUAAAUGGCAAGAUGUCUUCGCAGAUAUCGAACGGGUCAUUAUGCCAGGGGUUACCCAUUGGCAUUCUCCACACUUUCAUUCCUACUUCCCCACUGGUAAUUCUUACGCUGCUAUUCUGGGAGACAUGUUGUCUGAUGCUAUCGGCUGCAUUGGGUUCAGUUGGAUCAGCAGUCCAGCCUGCACUGAGCUGGAGAUGGUAACAUUAGAUUGGCUUGGUAAGAUGCUACAGCUCCCGGAUGCAUUCCUGUCAUGCGCUGAAGGUGGACAAGGGGGCGGGGUUAUUCAGGGAACAGCCAGUGAAAGCACCUGCAUGGCUCUUCUCUCUGCUAAGAUGAGAACGAUCCGCCAAGAAACAGCUUUACAACCAGACAGGGACCAAUACGAGAUCAUGUCCAAACUCGUGGCUUACACGUCAGAAUAUGCCCAUUCAUCCGUGGAGAGGGCGUCUAUGAUCAGCUCCGUCAGAAUGAGAAUGUUGCCAUGCGACGAGAAACAUGCCUUACGAGGAAAAACGCUGGCGAAGGCGAUCCAAGAAGACAAGGCCAAGAGACUCAUUCCAACAUUUGUUUGUGUUACUUUGGGUACUACACCAUCCUGUGCCUUCGAUAACCUUGAAGAAAUAGGACCAAUAUGUAAAGACGAGGGUAUAUGGUUACAUGUCGAUGCUGCAUACGCUGGUACCGCAUUCAUCUGCCCAGAGUUUAGAUCGCUAGCCGAUGGGGUGGAGUUGGCCGAUUCUUUCAACUUCAAUCCGCAUAAAUGGAUGCGUGUGAACUUUGAUUGUUCAGCAAUGUGGGUCCGGAACAAGACCGACUUGGAAGGUGCCUUCCAAGUUGACCCGACCUAUCUCAAACACGAACAUGAAGGAAAAGUGGUUGAUUAUAGGCACUGGCACAUACCACUAGGUAGACGAUUCCGUUCACUCAAGUUGUGGUUCGUUCUUCGACUCUUUGGCGUGUCGCAACUUCAGCAGCACGUCAGAAAGCAAGUCAGCCUAGCUCAUGAGUUUGAAUCUUUAGUGAGGACAGAUUCAAGAUUCGAGAUCGUUGCGGAUGUGGUGCUUGGUCUAGUGUGCUUUCGUCUGAAGGGCUCUGAUGCUCAAAACGAGGAGCUUCUACAGCAAAUCAACAAGACAGGCAGAAUCUUCAUGGUUGGGAGUCAUCUUAAUAAACAAUUCAUCAUCCGAUUCGCUGUAUGCUCAGAUCAGACCACGUCUCAGGAUAUAACGUUUGCUUGGAAUGCAAUCAUGCAAGAGACUGACACCCUUCUUCAAAACGGGAUAACGAACAUGAGCAAUGGAGAGAAGUAGGCCUAGUUGAAAUUAAGUACAUCAUGAGAACGUAGGCCCCCCCCCCCCCCUUCUUCUUCUUAACAAGUGGUUUUUCAUCGACGUUGUCUCGGGAAAAGGGCUAACGCUAGUCAGCUUUAAUAAGAAGCCUGCACGUCAUAAAUAGCGCCCCCUUUUAACAAAUGAAUCGGCUUUGAACUUAAUUAGAAGUCUAUAAAUCAUUAAUAGCGCCCCCUUAUAUCAUCAUGAGUCGGCUUGGUACUCGACUUAAUAAGAAGUAUAUCAUAUAGCGCCCUAUAUCACCAAAUGAAUGGCUUUGAAGUUCAUCAGAAAUGUAUACAUUAUAAAUAGCGCCCUAUAUCAUCAAAUGAGCUUUGAACUUUAAGUUUAUGGCCUAUCCAUCAAAUGAUUCGGCUUUGUAGCCUAUUUUUUGUCAGCGCCCCCUUAAUCAUCAAAUGAGUCGGCGUUGAAUGAACUUAUAAAUAGCGCCCCCUAUAUCAUCAAAUGAGUCGCUGCCUCUUUAUUUAAUCGGGCUUUAAAACGUUUUUUAAAUUAGGUCGUGUCCGAAAUUGAAUUUUAAUUGAUGCGGCUAUGUCUAUUGUCGGCUUGUUCCCUAGCACAUGUAGCUGUUGGCGAAGACGGAGACAGGUCUAGACAAAAUAUGAUAACGUUAAAAAUAUACUUACUGUUUAAGGUUUAACAAAAGUACUCCGUUUUAUUUAAAUAUUUGCCUUUUAUCAAUUGUAUUCAGGGAUAUUGAAAAGGGUGUGUUUUUGAGAAUUGUGAAGUUGUAACUGGUGCUGAGUUUUGUUUUAGGUAUGUUUAUAUCCAAGUAUUACCCACCGUUUUAGAUACAUUUAGAUACAUUUGUUUGAUUCUAGAUGCUCUGUGGUGCGAUUUGAGGUAAUUUCCACUU